CGCAGUGGCGCUGCCCUGGGGGGGGGCUGUUUGGGCAGCAGAGCUUCUGUUUACAGCCGUAGGACGCGGCGUGUGGCUGGGCAGGGGGAGAGUUGGCGGCUCGGAGGGCCGGCGGAGGCGGCUGGCGCUGGAGGAACAGAGGUGACUUUUUGAACCCUUGUGAGGACCAUGGGAGGGGCAGUGAGCGCCGGAGAAGACAAUGACGAGUUAAUCGAUCACCUGAAGGAGGCUCAGUACAUUCGGUCGGAGCUGGUGGAACAGGCCUUCAGGGCUGUUGACAGGGCCGACUAUUACCUGGAGGAAUUCAAGGAGAAUGCCUACAAAGAUUUGGCCUGGAAACAUGGGAACAUCCAUCUGUCUGCCCCCUGCAUUUACUCCGAAGUCAUGGAAGCCUUGGAUCUUCAUCCCGGACUUUCCUUCUUGAACCUAGGUAGCGGCACCGGUUACCUGAGCUCCAUGGUCGGACUCAUCUUGGGUCCCUUUGGAAUAAACCAUGGCGUAGAGCUUCACGCUGACGUUAUAGAAUACGCCAAGCAGAAACUGGACUUCUUCAUCAGAACAAGUGACAGCUUUGACAAGUUUGAAUUCUGUGAGCCUUCCUUUGUCUCUGGAAACUGCUUAGAAAUCUCUCCAGACUCCUCUCAAUACGACCGCGUCUACUGUGGAGCCGGUGUCCAGAAGGAGCACGAAGAUUACAUGAAGAACUUGCUGAAAGUCGGUGGGAUUCUCGUCAUGCCCCUGGAGGAAAAGCUGACAAAGAUUAUUCGAACAGGCCCUUCCGCCUGGGAGACCAAGAAAAUCUUGGCUGUUUCCUUUGCGCCUCUAAUCCAACCCAAUCAUUCAGAUUCAGGAAAGUCAAGACUGGUUCAUUUGCCCCCUGUGGUGGUUCGCAGCCUGCAGGACCUGGCUCGGAUCGCCAUCCGCGGCACCAUUAAAAAGCUGAUCCACCAAGAAAGAGCCAGCAAGAACGGAAACGGCCUCCGAAACCCGCCGAGGUUUAAACGGCGCCGGGUCCGGCACCGCCGCAUGGAAACCAUUGUCUUCUUGGACAAAGAGGUCUUUGCAAGCCGGAUCUCCAACCCGUUGGAGGAUACUAAUUGUGAGGAAUUGGAGGAAGAUUGCAGGGAAGAGGUGGAGAACUCUAUUCCGGAACUGAAGCCCGAACCGCCUACCAAUACCUUGAGGGAAAAGAUUCUCAGCCUGCCUCUUCCCGACCCGUUGAAAUAUUACCUGCUUUAUUAUAGAGAAAAAUAGGAGCCUGGAGAGAGAGAGAGAGAGCGUUGGCCAGGGAGGGAGGCAGGACAAUAAAACACUCAGGAGGGCUGACAAACACAACACCACUUGCUUGCCUUUUAACACAACCACCGGCGGGGUGAGCUAAACUGGGGGACACAGGCUGCCAGGAAUUUAAAAUGGGAUAGCCCUUCUUCUUCUUCUUUUUUUUUUUACCCCCCCCCCCCCCAGAUCCUUCCCCUUGAUUUGUGCGCUCCAGUUUUGUCUUAAGCAAAACUUCCUUGGUGGGGAAAAGGGUGUGGCAAGCUGAUCCCGUGUCUGACGGAAGUGAGGGUUUCAUGCUGGUAAAAAAAACAAAAAAAAAACCCUAUAAGAGGAAAAAAAAAAAUCACACGUUUGCUGAAAUACCUGUGAAUAUCUCAACCGUUUGUUUGUUUGUUUGCUCGUUUGUUUGUUCCUCUCCUCCAGGAAGCAAAUUAGCUUGGCAGGAACCCAAAGGUGUGGAUCGGGCCGGCAAAACGUAAAAUGAGUUGAAUUUGAGCCGCUCAGCCUCCUUAUCUACAACAGUCCACUGGAAAAAAAAAAUAAUAAUAAAUCUGAUUGGCAAGUGGGCUGGGAGGCCGGGGCCUUCGCUGAAAAAGCCAGGGUUUACGCAGAGCUUUUGCAGGAAGGGGAAAUGAUCUGCAGAGAUGAUGAUCUGGGAAGAUCCAAGAAGAGAUCCCCCUGUGUGAUUAAAAAGAGAUAGAAAGAGGCGGUGUGUAUGUGUUUGUGUGUAGGUGUGUGUCUUAAGCAGGAACAGUCGGAUUAUGACACCUUAAGCUGCACAAAGUCUGCCCUUUCAAUUUGCUCGCCUGAAAAUCGGUUGGGUUUAUCAUUCCCCACAAGGAUUUGAGGUGAUGAAGAAAGAGAUGAGUAGGAGAAGGAUAACAGUUCCUUCACACCCACUGGGCCUUUUCAAAGGUCUGUUAUCCGGGGGUUGAAUCAAGUACGUUACGGAGGGGAAAAUGGGGCACCUUGUUUGAAUUCAGGCCAUUUGUUGUCUAAACAGGGAAUGCCUGGAGAAAACUGACAAGUGGUUAGUGGGUUCUUGUGUUUUUAAACCCCCCCCCCCCAAGGGUCCUCCGCUUUAGCAGAAAGGCUAUAAAAAUUCAACGAUGGGCUCACUUCACCUUUUUCUGUAGAGGCUAAUGAUGAAGCUUACUUUGAAAACAUGGCACAAGACUUUUUAAAAUGUCCUGUAACCCAUCGAUCCUUAUUCGGAAAAGUAGAUUAUUCUUGGGUUGGAAUUUAGAGUGAGCAGAAGCAGUAACUCUCAUUAAGGUUUUUAAAUUUUUUUCUUUUCCCUCCAGCUGAAAUAUUGGGUAUCAUCCGAUAUUCCCCAAGGGGCGGGGGGCUUAACGAUAGUUUUCCGUCCCUUUUGGAUUUCCCGUGGAACGUUUUAAUUUCAUUUAACUUCUCAUUAUUCAUGGCCUGGCUGCUUAAGUUAGAAAACAGUGAACCAGAGACUGACUUUUAUUUCUGGUUGCAAUGCAGAUUUCAAGCAGGCAAAAACCGUGUUUAGCUCCAGCAAGCAGCUGUUCUCACCCUGAACACACAGCACAACAGCAAAGUCCUGUGGCUUACCAGAAGCUGAAUUAAACCCGUGCUUUGUAAUUCCCAUCAGGGAGACCUCUAGCCUAGCCAUUGCAUGUGCAGUGUUGCGUUUCAUGUUGUGUCAUCUGAAGCUUUUGUGUCAACGACAACAAUCAUUUGUAGAGCUCUGUUCUCGAUAGUACAGUUGUGUGCUGUAUUCCUUCUAUAUCUUCCACUCUGCUCUGAAUGAUGCUGUUAAUUGUUAAAUGCUCUUGUGUCCCUUUUCUUCCACUGAGUCGGUCUGUUGGGCCUUUUUACGCUGUUAUCAUUUUGGGUGAACGGCCAUCAAGUUUGACAUCGUAGGUGUGUUCCCUGUAGCAGAUUCGAGUUUUCAUGGUCCAGAAAGCAGUUUAUCAAAGAAUCUACAAAGUUCUUCUCGCAGACUUGGGUUUAAUCUUCUUCUUUCAGCGUUCAUAAACUCUGCCCCAAAAGAGGCGUUCUUUUCAUCAACUUUUAAUUCUUUCCAUUUGUUCUUGAGUUGUCUCAAGAAAGAAUGGUCAAAGUUACUGCGUGGAAGUUUUUCUUCAUCUUCUCCUUCGUUAAGAACGAUCUAGAAUUCAUUUUUUCCAGCGUGUGGGGAAAAAACCCACAAGGAUCUUAUGGAGCCUUUUGCUCUCAUUUGGGGUGAAAGAUUUGCAACCCAUUGUGACUUCUUAUUUUUAUCGAUAUAUGAAGGUAGAAAAAUGUGUGUUUGGGUGACAGCAUAACUGUGAAGUAGCAUAGGCUUUAACAUUGUAACAGAAGAAGAAUUGUCAGUGUGGUAUUCCUAUACACCAGCAUACACACACACACACACACACUGGUUAACCCAGUCAGUGUGUUCUAGCAAACUAACAAGGCCUGUGACAUCUGUUCUUGCAAAAUGUAUCGCAAUUCCCUCAGAUGUUUAUUGUUUCCAGCUUCCCAUAAGCAUCCUUUUUUGGUAGCUUCAGAUAGAAUUGCCAAGCUGUACCUUUUUGCAAAAGGUUUUGCUUUCCUAAAGUAGUUAAAGAUGUAAAUAGCUUAGAGAUUAAGAUUGGAAAAGCAAAGUUAUUUCUGAAGCAUGGAGAAUGUUGGAAAGACGUGGUUUCAAAAAUACAGAUUUUUACCAACAUACAUGUCUGUGUCAAUAAAAAUGGUUCCACCUUAA